CAUGUCUCAUCUCUCUAUCUCUCUCCAUACUUUACAGUCGAAGUUGCACCCAACAUGAGUUUUGAGCAAACCUACGCACCUUUACACCUUAAAUAUAAUGCCCCUCAAGCCCAAACCCUUCAAACAAACAUCUCUCAUCUCUCUAACUUCUACUUUCUCUCUCUCUCUCUCUCUAGAUUUCUCUUUCUCUCGCUCUCUAAACACAGAGUUAUGGACUUUCAGCCAAAUACAUCUCUACGUCUAAGUCUACCAAGUUACAAGAACCACCAACUAAACCUAGAACUUGUUCUCGAGCCUUCUUCUAUGUCUUCUUCUUCUUCUUCUUCCACUAACUCAUCAUCAUGUUUGGAGCAGCCUAGGGUAUUCUCUUGUAACUAUUGUCAAAGAAAGUUUUAUAGCUCUCAAGCUCUUGGUGGUCAUCAAAACGCUCAUAAGCUUGAGAGAACCUUAGCCAAGAAGAGUCGAGAACUCUUUAGAUCCUCAACUACUGUUGAUUCCGAUCAGCCUUACCCAUUCUCCGGCCGCUUUGAGCUUUAUGGCCGUGGCUACGAAGGAUUUGUUGAAAGCGGCGGCUCAAGGGACUUCUCCGCCCGCCGUGUGCCGGAGAGUGGUCUUGAUCAGGAUCAGGAGAUGAGUCACCUUGACUUGUCGUUAAGGCUUUAAAAAUAAUCGAAUAUUUUGUUAGUCAUAUUUUAUCAUAUCGAUUGUCAAAGCUUUAUAUUAUUCGACAAGUCUUAUUACAUAUUAGUCAUUUCCUCGCAUCUUAAGAGUUCACGUUGUAACUAUAGUCCUAAAUUCAACUCAAAUCUGAUUUUGGAAUAUCAUAUCAUACCUAUAUAUUUCUGGAAUUGA